GCUUACGUUUGCCAGACUUCAUACAUUUCAACAUAGGUUACUUCAAGGCAAGCACAACUUGUUUUUCCACGUUCUUUUGAAACAGCAGUUGGCGAUAGCUGCUCUUUAGUGGUUUGCCGUCACUGGAAACCCUCUCAUUAUCAUCAUACAUGGACGCUUCUACAAUGGACUGCCAUUUACAAUACAUCUGAUCAGUCAGACGCACCUACAGGAUUACGGGUUAGAUAGGCAAUCAGGCUCAUACUCCUUUGCUGGAAAAUUCCUGAGUUGAUUCUUCAAGGGUGGAGUUUUGCUUCAGAAACGUACUAAGGGGGAUGGGCAAGUGCAAAAAGCAGUGUGUUCCUUGGCAAUCACUGGCAUGACCAACCUGCUGAUACGAAUACUUUUCCCUUGUUGCCUACGAGAUUGUGUUUUACACAGGAUCCGCUAUUUUCUUCACCAGAACCAUGCAAUUUUAGCAAGCCAUUCCUUGGGACUCAAACCGGGCUGAACAGAAAUGCUUCAUUUAUCACUCAGUGGGGAUGCACCAAAGAGCCUCCACAUCUCGCAGGAAGAUCUUCCUUCCCAUAACUUCUCCCCUGUGCCUCUAUUCUAAGGAAGCCAUGCCUUGUCUACCUCCACUUCUAAAAUCUAUAUGGAUUUUUUUAACCGUUAACUUUGCUAGACAGUGAAAGUCUACCAAACCAAAUGGUGCAAUCCGAGCUACCUCAGUCGACACAACUGCUUGUCCCCAUGUGAAAUCCUCCAUGAGUGUGGAUUGGACAGCAUCCUCUUGGACGUUCUGAAGAAGGGGAACUGGAGAAUAAGAGCUCAGGACAAUUAAGUGUCCUGUUCAUCAAUCUGCAACAAGUACAUGAAGGACGCCAUGACCCCCAAGACCGCCGGCGCAGAUGCCGUGUGUGUUCUGGAUGAGGCAGUGGACCUGCCAGAGAACAGUCAGAGCGGCAGUUUGCAUAAAGGGAAGGUGUGCAACCACGAAGCAGAGAGCCAGGAUGAAUCGGCCAGUGAAGGUCCCACCAGGCGCAUCCCACUGCGCAGAUGGAUCAUGAAUGGAGCCGUCAUGUUUGGCCGGGAAUUCUGUUAUGCGAUGGAGACGGCCCUGGUCACACCUGUACUGCUGCAGAUAGGUCUGCCAGAGCAGUACUACAGUCUGACGUGGUUUCUCAGCCCUGUCCUUGGUCUGAUCUUCACCCCUCUGAUUGGCUCUGCCAGUGACCGCUGCACCCUGCGAUGGGGCCGCAGAAGACCUUUCAUCCUGGCCCUCUGUGUGGGGAUGCUGAUGGGAGUGGCCCUGUUUCUCAAUGGCGCUGUGAUUGGUUUGGCCAUCGGGGAUGUGGUUGGGAGUCAGCCUGUUGGCAUAGUGCUGACGGUGCUUGGCGUGGUGGUGCUGGACUUCUGUGCAGAUGCCUCAGAAGGCCCAAUCCGAGCCUACCUGCUGGAUGUGGCUGACACGGAGGAGCAGGACAUGGCCUUGAAUAUUCACGCCUUUUCAGCUGGACUGGGAGGGGCAGUGGGUUAUAUGCUGGGAGGUUUGGACUGGACUCACACUGCUAUAGGCAAAGCCUUCCAGGCCCAGGAGCAGGUCCUCUUUUUCUUUGCUGCCAUCUUCUUCAUCAUAUCAGUGACACUUCACCUGUUCAGCAUCAAAGAACAGCCAUACAGUAGGCACCGCCGUGAAGGUCUGGAGGGUGAAGAAGAAGUAGAUGACCUGUCUCUGGUCCGUGCCAACGGCAGUCUGCCCCAUUUGGACUUCAUUGGUGAAGAGGAGCCCGGCAGAGACUGGCACGACGAGCAUGACCAGAAGGAGCAGGAGGUGCAGAUGGACUUCCUCAAUGUGGACAUGGUGCGGUGCAAAAGUGACUCGGUUCUGGCCAUGCCAGAUGCCACCAUCGAGCUUGACCCAGACCUGGAUCGGGAUCGGACUCUGGGUUUGAUUCCUGAUGUAGACUCUCCAUUUGUGACUGAUGACGAUGCUGUCUUCCGGAACUUUCAACCAACAGAGCAGAGCCCUUUGCAGUAUUAUGGCAGCAGUCUGCGUUCCCGGGCACAGGCGUCGGCCAGCAGGGAUGAGCGGCUCUCUGGGGCCAGCAAGACCGGGAACGGAGCUCCGGCCGGCUCCAGCUCGGGCGCCUUCGCUCUGGCAAACAAAGUGAAUCAGCGACUGCCCUGCGCCCCGCCACGGCACCGGCACUUCUCCUUCUACCGGCAGCCUUCAUUCACCUUCUCCUACUAUGGCCGAGUAGCCUUCUUGCGGUCGCGUCGUACCCGUGGCAACAUGUCGCCCAUGCGCAUCACUUCCUCCCGCAGCAUGAAUGACAUCUAUGAACUGCCACGGCGGCCAGGACGCCGUCUGCAAGAGAGGGGCCUGUCAGUGUCCGGCAGCGAGGACGAGGAGAGUGAGGACGGGGAGGCGGGCACCACUGUCAAGCUGCUGUGGCUGUCCAUGCUGAAGAUGCCGCGGCAGCUUGCCCGCCUCUGCCUUUGCCACCUGUUCACCUGGUUCGCCAUCAUGGCAGAGGCUGUCUUCUAUACCGACUUCAUGGGCCAGGUCAUCUUUAAGGGAGACCCUAAGGCUGCUGCCAACUCCACUGACCUGCAGAACUACCAUAAAGGGGUUCAGAUGGGCUGCUGGGGCUUGGUGGUCUAUGCUGCUACAGCUGCUGUCUGCUCAGUGGUACUCCAGAAAUACCUGGACAACUUUGACCUCAGCAUCAAGAUCGUCUAUAUGCUAGGCACUUUGGGCUUUGCAGUGGGGACUGCAGUGAUGGCUAUCUUCCCCAACGUCUAUGUUGCCAUGGUGAUGAUAAGCACCAUGGGAGUCUUUUCCAUGAGUAUCUCCUACUGUCCAUAUGCCCUUUUGGGUCAGUACCAUGAAAGUAAGGAGUACAUCCAUCACAGCCCGGGCAACUCCAGAAGGGGGUUUGGCAUCGACUGUGCCAUCCUGUCAUGCCAGGUGUACAUAGCCCAGAUCCUGGUGGCGUCUGCGCUGGGUGCAGUGGUAGAUGCUGUGGGCUCAGUGAGGGUCAUCCCCAUGGUGGCAUCAGGAGGUUCUGUCCUGGGCUUUUUUGUUGCUGCGUUUCUCGUCAUCUACCCUGACACGCCGGAGGACGAGGAAGAAGAGCCGGGUCAGAUCGGCACAGACCCUAGCAUCACUGUGGAGUACCACCUGGACAAGCCCAGUGAGCUGAAGCUGGAACCCCGAAAUAGCAGCUGUAAGCUAAAGGUGGAGUCUUCCAUUUAAGGCUUGGGGAAACAAUGAAUCUCAGACUGUACUGCCUAUCCUUGCACAAUCACAUAUUGUUUUUCUUAAGUUUUAUAUAAUUUUUAUUAUUCCGUUUUUGGAGCCGUUUCAACUCCCAUGGUUUUCAUGAUAUCGAUUCUAUUGCAGCGAUAACAGGUCCGUCCUAAUGCACUUAGUUAAUUGAUGUCAGCUGGUUUUGUUUUGAUUGCCGUUUUUAGUUGCUUAUUUUCCCAUUGAAAUGAAGGGGGGAAAUGAUGUGUGUCGAUGCUAUAAUGGUUAGCAUUGCUGCCUUCUAAGCAAUUGAUGGCGAUUCCCGGCCAGGACGCCCUUGUAAGUCGCUUUAGACAAAAGCAUCUUCUUAAUACUUGACCUGGAGUGGUAUGCUGAGAAUCAGUAGUCCUGAACGAGGAAGGCAUAUGGUAUGCUGAGGAUGUGCAUUUGAAAGGCCACGAGUUUCUGGCAUUGUAAAUAUUCAACCAACUAGAUUCUUAGAAAGAACAGCAUUUGACUACCACUGUUAUAAAAAUGGUUGAUGUGUAAACGGUCCAUAUAAUUAGUUUGUUACAGAUGAGGGAGAUGAAAAGUGAAAAUGUUAAAGUGGUGUUUAACUUUCAUGUUCGAGCUAACUGGAUCGGUCUGUCUUUAUCUUGUUGCAAGAUACGCAGGAUUAGUGAAAACCUUUUUCACUUGAAUGAUUCGAUUUUGCUAACGUAAAACACUGGAUCGACAGUGUAGGCUGACGUUAGAUGAUAUAUUGGCCCGUUGAAAACCAUGCAGAUAACCCUGUGAUUUUUGUAUUUGACGGGAAUUUAAAAUGUGGUACUCAUGGGUGUAAUGUAGUGUAAGUUAGGUCGGUUGAAACGGUUUUACUGGACCGAAACUAACUUCACCUGCACGCCUGGGGUGGCUAAUGGUACGACUCCAU